AUGUCGCACGAGGAGGAUCUCAUUGACUACUCCGACGAGGAGAUUGGCGCUAACGAGACCGCCAACGCCGCCACCAAGAAGGGCGAUCUCGCUGCCAACAGCAGCGUCGACAAGAAGGGUAGCUAUGUCGGCAUCCACUCCACCGGUUUCCGCGACUUCCUGCUGAAGCCCGAGCUUCUGCGCGCCAUCGGAGACUGCGGUUUCGAGCAUCCAUCGGAGGUCCAACAAACCUGUAUUCCCCAGGCUCUUCUCGGUGGUGAUAUUAUCUGCCAGGCCAAAUCCGGUCUUGGCAAAACUGCCGUCUUUGUUCUCGCCACCCUGCAGCAGGUCGAGCCUGUCAACGGCGAGGUCUCGGUUGUGGUCAUGUGCCACACCCGUGAGCUGGCCUACCAAAUUCGCGAUGAAUACAACCGUUUCAGCAAGUACAUGCCCGACAUCAAGACUGGUGUCUUCUAUGGUGGUACUCCCAUCAAGACCGACAUGGAAACGCUCAAGAACAAGGAUACGUGCCCUCAUAUCAUUGUCGGUACCCCAGGCCGUCUCAAGGCUCUUGUCCGCGACAAGGCUCUUCGUCUCGGCAGCGUUCGUAUCUUUGUCCUCGACGAGUGCGACAAGAUGCUUGACCAACCCGAUAUGCGCACUGAUGUGCAAGACGUUUUCCGCGCCACUCCCCAUCAGAAGCAGGUCAUGAUGUUCUCGGCCACUCUGUCAGAGGAGGUCAAGCCCAUCUGCAAAAAGUUUAUGCAGAACCCUACCGAGCACUACGUUGAUGAGGACACCAAGCUUACUCUGCACGGUCUGCAGCAGUAUUACAUCAAACUUGAUGAGAAGGAGAAGAACCGCAAGCUCAACGACCUUCUCGAUGAGCUUCAGUUCAACCAGGUCAUCAUCUUUGUCCGAAGCACAGUCCGCGCUACUGAGCUGGACAAGUUGCUCCGCGAAUGCAACUUCCCCUCCAUCGCUGUCCACUCGGGCGUCAGCCAGGAGGAGCGUAUCCGUCGCUACAAGGAGUUCAAGGAGUUCAAGAAGCGCAUCUGCGUUGCUACUGAUGUUUUCGGUCGUGGUAUCGAUAUUGAGCGUAUCAACCUAGCCAUUAACUACGACCUGUCCGCCGAUGCCAGCUCCUACCUUCAUCGCGUUGGCCGUGCCGGGCGUUUCGGUACCAAGGGUCUCGCCAUUUCGUUUGUCAGCAGCGAGGAUGACCAGAAAGUGCUCGGCGAAAUCGAAAAACGUUUCGAGGUUGCUCUUCCCGAGUUCCCCAAGGAGGGCGUUGAUGCCAGCACCUACAUGGCAUCUUAG